AUGAAAGAAAGAAAAAUUGGUGAUAGCAAUUCUAAAAUGAAGAAAAAUUUCAAUAAAUUCAUGAUUGAUGCACGAGUUUAUGAAAUAUUAGACCAAAUAUUAAAAUAUUUAAUGUCGCAUCCAAUUUUGACAGCUUUUUGUCUGCUACUGGUAGCAACAUUCGUAAUUCCUAUAUUUUUUCGUUGCAAUUGGAAUAAUGUGUGCGUUAACUUGGUCAGUUGUUUAUUAUUUCUUGACAGUGUUGAGAAAUAUUCGAAGUGCACAAUAAAUUCCCAACUCUAUUUACAAUUAUUAUUUGGAGACUUGGAAUUUUCAGAACACUUUAAAAUUUCAGCCCAAAUGCGUGGUCUAUUUAUUGAUGAAGACCCUAUCAUUAGACGAUCACACAGAAUAGCGACCAAAAAUAACAACAUCUUCAAUAUACCAAAUUUUGUCACUGCAACCUACGAACAUUCGUUUGUCAUAUCAGCUAUACGGUUUUGGCAAAAUUUGCCUCCAGAAAUUUUUAAUUCUCUUGGUUUAAAAUCUUUUAAAACGAGAGUAUUCGAUUUUCUUAGAAAUCUUGAAGAAUAA